AUGGAGGCUACUGCUGAACAUGAUUUCAUCGCCACGGCUCCCGAUGAGUUGAGUUUCCGUCGAGGACAAGUUCUUAAGGUAAGGAAUAAUUUUUUGACUUUUUUUGAUCAAUUUAAAAAAAUUGAAAAAAAUUUUUAAGGUGCUUCUCCGCAAAAAAAAAUAAUAUUGGAGAAAAAUUCAGCUAUUUUCUCUUCUGUGGAAGAAUUUUAUUAAACAGAACGGUUCGAAUGAAUUAAUUGACAAGUGACUUGAUAAUAUUUUGAAACAGUAAGGCUGUUAAUCUUUUUAUUUAAAGAAAGAAUAAAAUAUAAAUUUUUUCCUGUUAUUGGAAACACCUUUAAUUCCGUAUAUACGGCCUCCAGAAGUUGUUUUCCAAUUUUUAAGUGGUUUUUCUAGCAAAAAACUUUUUUUUACUCAAUACUUUUCUUUCAGGUUCUAAACAAAGAUGAGGACCCUCAUUGGUUCAAGGCCGAGUUAGACGGCGCCGAAGGCUUCGUCCCUUCCAACUAUAUUCGUAUGCACGAGUGUUGUUGGUAAGUUCUCUCUAUAUUACUUUCCUGUUUCAGAAACCUAAUCAAACCCAAGAAAAAACGAAAAAAAAGCGUUUUCCUCAUUAUUUGCCUUGUCUUCUCUGAGACAACAAAUACUUCUCAUUUCCAGGUACCUCGGCAAAAUUACCCGCAAUGAUGCUGAAGUUUUGCUCAAACGUCAGAGUACUAAAGACGGCAAUUUCCUCGUCCGGCAGUGUGAGAGCAGUCCCGGCGAUUUUAGCAUUUCCGUGAGGUUGGUUGACUUUGCAGUUUCAAAUAUAUUUUCUGAAUGAAAAGAGAAAAUGAAAGAAUCGUUUGGUUCGAGUAAAAUGAACUCAGAGAAAAAGUAAUCCGUCUACUUGAAUUGAAACAGUGAAUUGAACUUAAAGAAAAUCAAUAUAAUUGUAUUGAAUGGCGGUCUUUUGUCGCAAGCCUCCGUGAUCAAGUUAUCGACUUUUCGGGUCAAUGUCUUUUCUUGAAUACCUUGAAACAGUGAUAAUAAAGAAUGUUGUUCUCUGGCUUUUAUUCAAUCAAUAAUAUGAAUCGAGAAUGAAUUUAAAAACGUUUAUUUCAGAUUCCAAGACACGAUACAGCAUUUCAAAGUGUUGCGCGACAACAACGGAAAGUACUUUUUGUGGGUCGUCAAGUUCAAUUCUCUUAAUGAACUUGUCCAAUACCACCGGUAAGUUUUUAUUAAUAUUUUAAAAACGAUUUAGAGACAGGAAUCUAUUGAAAAAUACUGGAAACGACAAAAAAAUGCUGGCAAAGUUCAAAAAAAGAAGCUUUUGUGAAGAUUUUUUUGUGUUUGUUUUUCAGAAAAAAAUACAAAAAAAGUCUCUAUAAAAAAAGUCAAAAGAAAGAAAAUAUAUAAAUCAAAACUUUUUGGUGAGGUUUCAAGGCUCUUGAAAGAACCUCCCACCACUUUUGUUCAACUUUUCAUUACCAACUUUUUCCUUUCCAUACAAUGUUUCUUCUCAUUCCAGAACGGCGUCGGUUUCGCGAACACACACGAUCAUGCUACAAGAUCUGGAAUUGGAGACCAAGUUCGUCCAGGCCUUGUUCGAUUUCAAUCCCCAAGAAGAUGGCGAACUCGCCUUCAAGCGUGGUGACGUCAUCACCUGUGAGUUUUUCUUGUUUGCUUUUCUUUUUUCUUCCUAUUUUUGUGGGCGAACGCGCACUUGGCGUGUUUGUACGGUCUUCUAGGCUGUUUGUAGGAAUCGAAUCAAGGGCAAAGAUCUAGAAAAUUUUAAAUUUUAGGAGAAUGUACGCGCUUGGUGGCGCCGAGUUUGAGACUUUCUAAAAGUUCUCCUAUGCGCCUUUAAAUAUUUAGCUAGCACGGCUAGCUCUAUGGCAAAAAUAAAAAUAUUUUUUUACCGUUUUAUUUGUAGUAAAUUUCAGACAACAUUUCUGUUUCAAGGAGGCAGUUAAAAAUUAAAUGAUUAUUUUUAUUCAAUUUAAAGUUAAAAUCAAUGGGCUGAUGUGUUGGAAAACGCAGACCGAGCGGAAAUCAAUAAAAAAAUUGCAAUUUUCUGGUUUAAACGUUUUUACUUUGUAGGGGUCGGGCUCCCAAAUAUUACAAAAAAAUAAAAAUUUGAAUAGUGGUUUGAAACGGGAAAAAUUAUGUUUCCCCAUCUCCUUCUGAAACAUUUUAUCUUUUCAGUGAUCAACAAGGACGACCAGAACUGGUGGGAAGGCACUUUGAACAACCGAAGAGGCGUUUUCCCGGCCAACUACGUGUGUCCGUACAACCGAAACCAAAGCUCGUCGGCCGCCGCUCGCUGA